ACCGUCAGCGGUCUGGAGCCGCAACAGGUCCAGAUGUUCUUCAGACCAAAGUAUUGGCAUGGUACACAGCAUGGUCUGGAUCUGGACUUCUCGUGUGUUUUUUGGGACUACAGUUUGGAGGAUUGGAGCGAGGCUGGCUGCUGGAAGGGAAAAGCUUCAAACGGAUUACUCGAAUGUUUCUGCAACCAUACGGGCACCUUCGCUGCUCUCUGUGUGAAGAAACAGGUUUGCUAUAACGGAGGACUUCUGAACGGCGUCUGUAUCUGUCCAGAUGAAUGGACCGGAAAGAACUGCUCAGUAGAGAAUUUCUGUGAAGCCCAGAACAUGAGUGGAUUAAACUUCCCACGAACACCUGUCAGCCGGUACGCUUAUUCUAAGGAAAUCUGUCCACCGAGAACGAGUGCCGCGGGUAAACCCCAGGCUUCAACCAGAUGUUCCAAAGGGAACAUAUCUCCGAGUUUCCAGGAGCCGCCGCGCGUCCUCCAGUGUGACCUGACGCUCGCCGACAUUCAACAAAAUCUGAACGGCUCGGCAGAUUUAGAGACGCUGGCGGCGAGCGCUCAGAUCCUGACGUCCCAACCUGAAGAUCUGACGGCUGAAGAAGUGACGAUGGCCGCUCAGAUCGCCGACACGCUGCUGUCGUCUGAGAACGUCUCACAGAGCGUGAGAGAGGCAGCUGUAGCGACUGUCAGCCAGAUUCUGAACGCCGACCCGUCAGACAACAACCAGGAAAACAGCGCUUUUCACAACCUGACACUGACCCUGUCCAGGCUGUCGGUGAACCUGAGUCUGAUCUCCAAUGAUUCUAAGUUGGUUCAGCCAAACAUCGCGAUCCAGUCGGCUCAGAUCUCAGCAGCCGACACUCUGGGAGUCCAGUUCACCGCGCUGUCAGGAACGUUGGGAAGUUUCAUUGCCGACCGCAUCCAGCUGGACACCAACACGUCGGCCCUCACCGUGGAACCUGGCUUCAUCGCCGACGCCGUCUUUUACCUCCAGUUCCCCCCAGGCGGUGCUGCUGGCAGUCUCCGGACUCCAUCCAACGUGUCUGUGGGUUUCGUCCUCUACCAAAACGACCACUUCUUCCGCUCGCAGCGCUACAGGCGGCGCCGGGCCACCGUCAGGGUCCUGUCAGCCACCGUCGGCGGUCUGGAGCCGCAAAAGGUCCAGAUGGAAUUCAGACCACUGCUUCUGGACAGUACGUCUCUGUGGGACUUCUCGUGUGUUUUUUGGGACUACAGUUUGGAGGAUUGGAGCGAGGCUGGCUGCUGGAAGGGAAACGCUUCAGACGGAGUCCUCCGAUGUUUCUGCAACCACACAACCAACUUCGCUGCUCUCUGGUCCUUCAGAGAGAAUUAUGAAUAUGCAGACAUGCUGGAUGUGAUUUCUAUAGUUGGACUUUCUCUCUCCAUCCUGGGUUUGGUUUUUACGAUAAUUCACCACAUUACAGACAACUUUAAGAAAAACAGUGGCGAACGGAAGAAGUGCAGGAACUCCCAGCUUGCUUUGUUGAGUAUAUGUUUCAGCCUGCUGGCCUUCAUCAUCACCUUCCUCUCUGGCGUCACAAACCGCCGACAGGACACAGGCGAGGACGACGCGUUGCUCGACACCGAGACCAACGGCGUCCUGGACUCUGACGAACACGUGGCGGCAGACAGCGGCCCAUGUUCGGUGGUAACGGCGCUGCUUCACUUCUUCCUGUUAGCUACGUUCAUGUGGAACAGCAUGUACGCCACGCAGCUGGUGCUGCUCAUCCGCAAGAUGCACCAGAACCUGCCACCAUACUGGACGAAGCUCAGCACCACCAUAGGAUGGGGAGUCCCAGCUGUCGUCAUGGCGAUCACACUGGGAAUCGCCUACAGGGUGGACGAACCUCUAGGAUAUAGACAGGAGGAAUUUUGCUGGCUGGCAGCGCUGGAUAAAUCCAAACACUUUGACUUUGGGAAGCCGAUGUUUUGGGGUUUUCUGCUUCCUAUCGGUUUGAUUCUGAUCUACAACAUCGUUUUGUUGGUUCUGGUCUCUCAGACCACCUGCAGGACCGACCCCGCCCUCAAAAGCAGUAGCCCUCGGUCCGUGUGGAGGAAGUUUCUGAUCAGUUUCUCUCUGGCCGUGUUACUCGGUUUGUCCUGGACUCUGGGUUACCUGGUGCUGGUUACCACGGGAUACGCCCACCUGGUGCUCAGCAUCCUCUUCUGCCUCUGCACCACCACACAGGGGCUCCAGAUAUUCGUCCUGUUCACCGCCAGAACGCCGAGCUUCAGAGCCGGCGUGUCACAAGUGGUUCAGAGCAUCUCGUCUGUCAACAUCCAACUCAAAGAGUUUUCAUAUAAUCUGCUGAGAGAAUGGACUCACUCUACCGAGUCCUACAGAGACCUGACAGACUAGAGUUUUUUUUGCAGCAAUUUCUAUCUAAUUUUUUUACUUUUGUUAUGAAA